AUGGGACCACUACCAGUUACACGUAUUACACCUGCACGCCCAUUUGAACGUUGCGGAAUCGACUUUUGUGGGCCAAUAAACACAUAUCUUCGAAUUCGAGGAAAACCACCCACCAAGUCAUAUUUAACUGUAUUCGUGUGCCUCGUAACUAAAGCUGUGCACAUCGAGGUGGUCUCCGACCUAUCAACAAACGUAUUUCUAAAUGCAUUGAAGCGAAUGAGUGGUCUACGUAAAAUGCCAUGUGAUAUCUUUUGCGACAAUGCUACCAAUUUUGUGGGUGCAUCAAACCAGCUAAAGGACCUCAAACAGUUCUUAUUCAAGACUGAAACGUUAAAUGAAAUCUAUAAACAUUGUUCCUCUGAUUUUAUUAAUUUCCAUUUUAUUCCACCCAGGGCACCUCACUUCGGCGGCCUCUGGGAAGCUGCGGUAAAGAGCGCGAAGGGGUUAUUAAAUCGCACAUUGGCAAACACUAAAUUGACAUUCAAAGAGUUAAACACAGUUGCUGUAGAAGUGGAAGACAUUCUUAACUCACGUCCGCUGUCAUCAAUGUCAUCAGAUCCUAAUGACUUUGGUGCACUGACACCUGGUCAUUUUUUGGUGGGUGAUUCUUUGCGUGGCUUGCCUGAGCGCUCAUUGGAGCUGAAGACCGUUUCACACCUUGAUCGCUACAACACAAUCACUGCCAUCAAACAAAGUUUUUGGCGUCGCUGGUCUGUGGACUAUAUAAAUGAACUACGAGCCCGUGUAAAGUGGACAACACCUUCACCUGAUCUCACUAAGGGUGCUUUAGUGAUCAUACAUUAG